AUGGAGCAGGAGAUUGCGAUGGAGUUUGCAGGCCUUCCAAUGACAAAGCACAGCUUUACUGGCGUUGCACUCUUCGCGCCGAUUCCUGGUAGUUCUGCAUCAAAUAGUUCCACAGCUCACUAUGCAGCCUAUCAGCAACACCUCAAGUGUCCAGCUGGGGUAGUAGGACACGCCAAGGGCCUCUCCUACAUGCAGUGGUUGCGGCAAUUCCGACUGGUCGACACGAAGGGGCCAAUGUAUCUUGUCACUCGUCGCAACGUGGCCGGGCCUGGCGCCAGCAAGUCCUGCGGCAUUGCAAUGGCCUUUCCUUUUGAACUCCUGGACAUCUACGUCGGAGCUUGGGCAGCGACAUUCCUGGUGAACAUGGACGAAGCUCGGCUCCAACCCAGCAACCAAAGCAAGAAGCCAGCAUACCCCGAGGGCUUCGAGAACGAGCAGAUCCGGCGGCAAUCCUUCGAGGCUCCAGAGGGUUGCAGACAUCUCAAGGCAGUGUUGUGUCUGGACGAGUUUCAGUUGCCUUCCUCGGACCCCAGAAUCUUCAGUCCAGAUGUCGGCAAGCUGCUUGCUGCAGCGGAAACGGAACUCAUCUUUCGUGGCAUCGGUACGGGAAAAACAGAAGUGGUCAUUGCAGCGGCAGCCAAAGCCCUGGAAGAUGGAUGUCGCGUGUUGAUCGCUGGGCCUAUAGGAUUGCUGGUCUCCAUGUACCGAAUGCGGCUGCCCAGCACGCCCGACCUGACCAUGGAGACCAUACACUCCGCCUUCAGAAUCGUCAGGGACGCGGAUGCGGCCUACAUCCCGCCGGGAAGAUUGCGAGCAUAUGACCUCAUCAUCUUCGACGAGGUGAGCCAGAUAGACGCCGCCACAUGGUUGAAGCUCAAGACCGCACUGAGCGAGCUGUGCCCCUGUCCCUUCAUCGUGUUCGUGGGCGACUUCCAGCAACUCCAGCCUGUCAGCGGGCCACCAAUUUUGCUGCAAGACCUGACGCGGGAAGUCCAGCUCGGAACGGUGGCGCUUGUGGAGCUACAGCACCACGAAGCAGCUCGAUCAGUGGACGCCAGCAUGCUCGACUUCUUGGAAACGGCACGUGUGCGACAGCCAUCGCGAUCUAUGCUGGAGGCGUUUUUCCAGGAUCGCAUAUGGAAAGCCCGACCAUGCGAGGCCGCGGCAGCCGCUCGUCGUCUCGAGCUGGCACAAGGCGAAACCUUUACCUUCCUGACCGUGACCAACAAGGGAGCUGCCGACCUCAACCUUGCCAGGCUGGCGUUGGAAUUUCCGACCGAAGCGAGCAUCAUCGCAGCCGGAGGCGGCAUACCUGCCGACACGGGAACGGUAGCGCUAUCCGUUGGCAUGAGAUUGAGGCUAACCCAUAACAUCGACAAAGACCGUGGCUUCGUGAACGGAAACACCGGAACAAUCCGCACCAUGCUUCGGCGCGAUGUAUGUGUUCUACAAACCGAGCAAGGUCUUUCGGUCCUGGUGCAUCCCAUCACCUUCGGGGGCCGCAAGUUUAUGCCCGUAGCCUAUGGGUAUGCCACCACCAUGCGCCGAGCACAGGGCUCCACCUUGAACAAGAUCGGCCUUCUCUUUGAUCGUCGACUCUCGGACAGAGGCUACGCCUACGUUGGCGUCUCCCGCGCCAAAAAGCGCUGUGACGUGUUCUUACUCGGAUCCAUCAGACGCACUGACUGGCGACCAGUUGGCGGAGACUCGGACCCCAACGAGCAGAAUGAGCUGUCUGCUCUCAGCGAGACCUCGGAGACGGACCGAGACUCCUCGUCGUCGACCUCCGACCAGGAGCCGCGCUCGUCCGACUUCGAGUCCAACGAAGAGCCGAACUCGUCCGACUUUGAGUACGCGUCUUCAGACACGUCAGCUGCAUCGGCUACCCAGGACUGA